GGAAGCGCCAUUAAUAGUUAGAUAGAUCAUAUCAGACGCAGCGUUUCAGCGUUUUCUUCUGCUAAUAUUGGAAUUUGGGGUCCCUUGUUCUGAAAAACGCAGUGGGAAGAAGCACCAGAAAAUGAGGAGCUCGUUGAUAGCCCUUGACGAUCAUCUGCUCCGGUUAACGGAGCCAAUCUUGGAUUCUCUCUCUAGAACACCCUACACUCCACCGGACCGUGCAACCGUCUCCGUCAAACCCAUACUCGAGUCCCUUCUCUCCAACAAAUCCUCUGUAAAGGACUUCGCUUUAGCCUGCGCCUUGCUCUCUUCCUCCCGCUUCUCUGCCCACGAGCUUCUCUCAUGGAUCCCAGAACAUCUCUCAGUUUCUGCAGACGCAGCAUUUCGCGAGCUUUCCGGAGCUUGUGGUGACGAAAGCGGGUUGGCAGUCGAAUUGAUGCCCCAAGUUUUGCCGCUUCUCAAGGAUACGAUUAAGGAGAGUUCGAUUGAUAACAGCGAUGAAAACGACGAGGUUUUCGCCGCGUCGGCUAGAGUUCCUGUGGGAUUUGCUAUAGUUGCUGCUUAUCAGUUUAGAUGGUUUGUUACCCAGGUUGAUUAUCCCCAUUUAGGAAAGCUAGUUAAUUUGGUGGUUCCUUGUGCAUUGACGGCUCUUGAUCACUGGUCACCAGAGGUUAAAGGUCAGGGAAUGAUUAGCUUUAUACACCUAGCAAAAAAUGUAAAUGCUGCUGAGCUUGGUUGGUAUGAAGAUGUCAUUCUUGAGGCAUGCUGCCAAAAUAUCGCUUCUGCUGAUGAGAUAUGGCACCAUGUAGUAGAGAUGUCAGUGCUUCUAGUGACUUGUAUCCAGAAAAGUAAUCCCCGUAGCCCAUGGUUUGAGAGGAUGCUAAAUGAGAUGUUGAGUCACUUGGAGCGUCAACCAAGGAAUAAGGAGCGACGGGUUGCAUGGCUUAAAUUUAUUGAGCCAAUCUUGAAUGCUGUAGGCCUUGUCUUGUUGGCCCAUUUUAGGCGCUUUUUCCCUCUUUUCUUUCUAUGGAUGCAUGCUGAUGAUGAUGAAACAGUUCUCCUGGUUCUCAAAAGGGUCCAUGCAGUUCUUAGGUUAACGUGGGUAAGGAACACACCAUAUAUUGAAAGAUUGGUCAAUGAACUUGUGGUGUUGUACAAGGAGGCAUCAUUGAGAAGAGCACGUGAAGAAAUUAGAGCAGAUAUUCUUCAUAUAUUGAUCUUGCUCCAGCAGUGCAAGGGACAGCAGUUUGAAGCAGCCUGGGACAAGCAUAGGGAUGAUUCAAAUUUGAGCACCCUCGCCCCUUCAUUAUCCACUGGAAGAGCCGUGCAGGUCAGUUGUAGUGUCAAUGAAGUGACCAUCCAAGGAGUUCAGGGUCAUUGAGAAUCCCACAAGUUUCGCAUGUAUCAUGGAAGACCAUCAGUCCAAUACGUUUGUUUAGUAGCAUAUUUUGCAUGAAAAUAACCAUGUAUUUAACAAUUUCUUUUCUCUAUUAGUUUAUGAAUUUCAUUUGUCAAUUUUCACUUUCAA